UGUUGUCUGUGGCUUUGCUUCUGGGGCUGAGCUGCCUAGGUUUGUCUCUGAGCCCUUCUGGAAAAGCUGAGCCUCCAGCUGCAAACAGAGCAAGGAAGAGGGAUCCUGCUGCUAUGUCUCUCACAGACAGCAUCGACGUUGAUAGCAAAUCUGAGAAGCCCAUGUCCCUGAUUUGGGGGUGCGAGCUGAGCAGCGAGAGGGACUCCUACACCUUCCAGGUGCCGGACGAGUGGCAGUACGAGCAGCAGCUGGCCCUGCGGACGAUCUGCCUGGGGGAGAAGGCCAGGGACGAGUUCCACGUGGUGGAGAUCGUGCCGGCGGAGGACGGCGAAGCCCCCCGCGCCCCAGUCCCGCUCGCCACCCUGAAGCCCUCGGUGCUGGUUGAGCUGGCCUCUCCCACAGUGAUGCCGAACCUGUCCUGGGAUGAGGAGGAGGAGGCGGCAGAGGAGGAAGAGUCUGCAGAGGAGUCCCCCGAGAAGCCCCCCAAGGCCCAGGCUGCCAAGAAGGGCAGCGUCGCCAAGAGGAGGCUGGAGAAGGACGAAGAGCUGAACAGCGUCUCCUCCGAGGAUCCCCUUCCCAGCAAGGGGCGAGGAGCAGGCAGGGGGAAGAAGCCAGCAGCAAAGAAGUAGUGUGAGCUACAG